UACACGGCAGCUUUGGUGCAGAUUACGCCGGUUAGGUAGGCAACUUCAGCAUUCAUUUGAAAUAUGAACUCUUCACAAAGUGUCAUUCAUAAAUUAGUUUGACAUUGCCUCCAUUGCGCCAACAUGGGGAGAGAAGAACAAAUAGAAGAGCGCACAGUGGUUCUGGAAUCCAUUUUCCCAGACGAAAUCACAGACAUAUCUGACACCGAAUACCGGAUAUCAAUCAAGCUUGACCUCCCCGAGGAAGAUGGAGAGGAAGCCUCUGAGCCCCCUACCCUCAUCUUAUAUGUGCGAUAUCCGGAAAACUACCCAGACGAGGCGCCAAUCCUCGAUCUCUCACCUCCCCAAAAUGCCGCCUCACACCCUCACUUCUCAGUGGCUGCCGAAAAGGAGCAGCUACUAAAAGGGCUCGAAGACACCAUCCAGGAAAACUUGGGCAUGCCCAUGAUAUUUACGCUCGUGACCACUCUAAAAGAAGAGGCCGAGCAACUAAUUGCGGAACGCAAGGAGGCCGCCUUAAAGGUGCACGAGGAGGCCCUACUAGCAGCAGAGCGCGAGGAAAACAAGAAGUUCCACGGCACGCCCGUGACGCCCGAAACUUUCAUGAAGUGGCGCGAGGGCUUCUUGAAGGAGAUGGAGGAGAAGGCGCAGCGGGAAGAGGACGAGAGACUGGCCGAGCUGAAGAAGGCCAAGGUCAAGGAACCGGUUAAGUUGACGGGUAGGCAAUUAUGGGAACGGGGAUUGGUUGGCAAGGUUGACGAAGGCGAUGACGAUGAAGAUAUCCCUUCUGAAAAAGUUGAGGGUCUCAAGAUUGCGGCAUGAUGAGACACAAUGGGUCACUACUCGGCGGCUUUGAAAGAUAUUCUGAACUGCCGAUUGGAGACCCAACGAGUAUGGAAUUCGAUAUAUUGAAAUCAUGGUCGAGCAUUGACUCGGAGUUCUGGCGCAACGGAGGAAAAAACUUUUACGGAUAUAUCAGAG